GAUUCAGGACUAAUGUUAAGUCAUUUGAAUUCUCAGAACGAUAAAUUACGUAAAACAGUAAAGCACGUCUGGCGCAGUUGUACAACAUUUCAAGUCUACAAACAAAAAUCACAAGUUCGAGUGAGAUUGAAAACUAUGAGUUAUUCAGGAAAUACCACCACCCGGACGAUAGCAGCUUUGCCGCCGGCAGAAGACAUUCCUUCGGCAAAUAGAGUAAUAAAAGGAAUUGUUCUAAGUGUAUUAAUCAGUGUGAGCUUGAUUGGGAACCUGUCCCUCUGGAUUGUGGUCCUCCGAUCCCGGGUGCUAAGGACAUUGACUAGCAUGUUUAUUCUUGGUCUGUCCACUGCAGAUUUACUGGUUGCGACAGUAAACAUGCCCUUGACUGUGUAUACCAUAGUGAUGGGAGAAUGGAACCUGGGAUACAACGCAUGCGUACUGGCAGGGUUUAUCAACAUGCUGACCUUAGUAACAAGCGUCAUGUCGUUAUGCAACAUUUCUUUAAAUAGAUACGUCAUGGUCUGCCACCCAUCGAAGUUCAAGAACAUUUAUACAGUUCGAAACGCUGUGCUCAUGAUAAUAGGUGUAUUCACACUGUCUACAUUUUUGUCAACAUUUCCACUGAUUGGCUGGUCAGAGUAUGUGUACACGCCCACUCACUCGUUCUGCUUCGCUGAUUGGGUAAACCACAUGUCAUACGCCUUCUUUAUGAUUGGUUGCUGCUUUGGAAUACCGUUUAGUGUAAUGACCGUUUGUAAUGUAUGCAUAAUUCGUACAGUUCGAAAUAGUCGACUAAGAGUGAAGACCAAUUUUCGAAAUUUAAGCUCGUCGAAGGAUUCAUAUUUUCGAAGAACUCGAAAUACCACAAUCAGAAACGAUGUCAGUAGUAUGUACGAAGACAGGAAAGCAGCUGGUUUCAUGAGUUCAUCAUUCAAUCUUUCUGGUAUCCAAAAUAUGAACUCAAAAGGUAGAAUGUACGAAAGCAUCGAAAAAGACAUAUCAAUCAUUGAAAUUGAAGAUGCAAUGGACGAAAGCGAAACUGCCAAAAAUAACCAUGCAAUGGAAAAAAUGGACAACAAUAUUAACGACACAAACCGAAAGAUGACUAAGGAAUCAAAUACAACAAAGAAAGUUAGUACAGUAUCAGACAAAACUCUAGCGGCGUCAAUGUUUCGAACAAACCUACCAGGGCACAAGAACAAUAUAGCACUUGAAAAAAGUAACAUUUCUGACGUUUACAGUCAUGACAAUCGAAAUACAGUUCCGUUUGCGACCAAUAAUUUAUUUUUACAUCCUUACAGGAAAUCAAUAGCUGAACAGUCGCGCCGAAAUCCUCGUCCCUUGUCUGAACCCAACUCAAAGGUGUUUAUCAAAACAGGAUUCUCCAGUCCUGUAGCUAUUAGUCUAAGAGCCGUGUCGAUGCGCCAAAGACAGCCGUUACGUAGAAGGGAGGAACUACGGCUAGCGUUAUCAUUAACUGUUGUUGUAGUUGUUUUUGUCAUAUGUUGGUUGCCUUACUGUGUGUCUAUGCUAUUGUCUAUAUUCGCAAGCGGGGACAUUCCAAGAGAGUUUCACACGUUCACGCUGUUGAUAGGUUAUGCAAAUAGCGGAUGCAAUCCCAUUAUUUACGGCGUAAUGAACGAACGUUUCAAGGUUGGCUUUAAACGUCUGUUUUGUUUCUGGCGUCAAUCUUCCGACUUUUCAAUACGUAGCGCAUAAAGUAAACCUAUUGAGUUACAAAACUGUCUUAGUAAACAACAGUUUUGGAAGUGUACCGUAUUAUAUCAUGCAUAGGACGCACUUUUUUACCCCCAAUUAUCGUCUUAAAAAUUGCCUGCGUCCUUUCUAUGCUAUUAGAAUUUCAUCUGUUUUUUUCCAAGUCCAUUUCAGGUCGAAAAUAUCGGACCGGGGAAGAACGCGGUAAUAGUAAGUAUCUGUACUGCGUCACCGAAGUGAACAACUGACAUAGGUUAAAUCAUGCAAGUUAACACACACAGAAAUAUAUUGAAAGUUUACUUUAAAAUGAUUUAUUGAAAAAUAAAUUGAAAACAAACACGAGUGUUUACUUUUUUACAAAAGGGACGCUACUCACAAAAACUCGAUGUGAGUCAGCACUUGAUUGAGUUAUAACGGCAACGGAAAAUCGGGAAAGGAGGUAUUUAUCAAUUAAUCGUUGUUCAUGAUUUUAAUGUUUCGAUAUUUUACAAAACAUUUUGUUGUAUGUUACUGUUUUAAAAAAAUAAUAAAGGAAUGUGCAUAACGCAAAGUAGCAUUAUUGUCACUAUCAAAUCUUUUCAAAUGUGCGAAGGUGUGAAAAACACCCGCAGUCUGUCAUCAGAAAAACAUCAAUAGAACGAACUAUUGCGAUGGUAAUACCGUAUUGUUGUUCGCACUUUACCCGAGGUGCCUUCUGCUGGCAAGGCUAAUUACCGACACGCAAUAAUUAUGCUGACAUGCUUUAAUCCGCGCAGCGACAAGCCUUAUCAAAACAAUCAUUAGUUUUGACAAUACACAGUUUUGCAACGGUUGCAACGGUUGACUGUCAUUCAGAGGGCAUGUCCGGAGAUGCAACGGUUGCAACGGUUGACUGUCAGUCAGAACUAGUCUAUUACAGCAUUUGUAUAAGUCUUAUAUUAUGCGUGAAUGUUCUCAAAAUGACAAGACAUAUAUCAAUCAUUGUUGUGUACGUUUAAUUACCGAAAUACGACGAUUAUUAUCGAAAUACACUAGACACUUACCAAAAUAUGCCUUUUAUACAAUUUUUUUUUUUUUUUUUUACUUCAAUAUAUGUUAUAAAUACUUAACCAACCUCAAUUUUUCGGCUCCGAUUUUGACAUUUUUCCGCUGCGUCCUAUCUUAUAUAUUAAGGGGUUUUACCCGUUUUCUCAUCGAUUUUUUUGCCUGCGUCCUAUCUAUGCUAGCGUCCUAUACAUGAUAUAAUACGAUACAUGAUAUAAUACGGUACUUGGAAAUGCAUUCAUACUGAAGUAUGUAUUGAUAUAUUCCAUUUACUGCAUGAAUAUUUUUAUGAAAAAUUAAAGAAACAAGUACAGUACUGGGGAGUUGAAACAUAAACCCCGUUUUAUGGCACAGGGUCAACAAAAGGAAAUAGAACACUAAAACAAGCGAUCACAAACCAGAAACAUAGAACAACAGCACAAAACGCUAUAAACAACACGCUACAUAUAUACACAACUUACAUGUCAAAGUUAUCUAAUAUAUGAAAUUAAACCAAAACAACGUCAUUGAGCCGACAUUUUAACAAGGUUUCCAACGUUUAAGUUAAGUUAUUAUUAUAUCAAUGAAGUUAUACUACAUGGUCAUUGAUGGCACGAUUGGAUAUCGCGAAAAGGUAAACGCGGUUCAAAGUAAACUCGUUUUUUUGUUUUAAUUUUACAAAGUGUUUUAACGAAGUCUUAAUGGAAAUCUCACAUGGAGGUUCUUGAGAUAUAUGUUGUCCGUUACAUAAUUGUUUGUAAAAUAACUGCGGGAAAAUGCUCCUAUUGUAUGAAAUAAAUGCUUUUCAUUACAUAUUACACAUCACUUUUCAGGUAAAAAUGAUAAAUUGUAAUCAUACUAAACAGAGAUUGCAUAUACACCGGAAGCUUCGGAUAUUUAAUAUCAUCUCGCUUAAAAAUACUUUGAUAGGGCAAUUUGCAAACAAACAAAUAUUAAUACUGCAGUUGUUUCAAAUGUACAUGCACAUACAUAUUUGGCAAGAAAUGAGUCCCACUGUGUGCCGUGUUUUGUGCAUUUCUUGAUCUUGUUUUAUCUUGUUAUCUAGGAACGAGCCAUUUUAUGCGAAAAUGCAUGGAACGCAGUCAUAUAAGACUGCUGACAAAAGUAGAUCGCAGAUUACUUUAUUUAAGUUCAAACAUUGAUUUUUAUGCAUUUUUUUUAAACAUUUAGUAACGCUUUAAGCCAUAAAACGGAAAUAUGAAUAUUUUCGAUCUGAUCUUUUGUCAGCGGUUUUGUAUACUGGUUUGCAGAUAUUUACGCAAAAAUUGCUCAAUCUAAGAUAAAGAAAUAAAAAAGUUGUAAAACGGUAUAUCUGUGAGAGUGUAGCUUUAAUGUCUUCUGCAAAGAAAACAGACUUAAUUUCUAGCUAAAAUGUAAAUAUAUUUUGUUAUUACGGCGUUGUUUGUCUUUUCCGACGAAUUGUUAUGUUACACGGCCUCUUCAUUGAUUAUGUCAAUUGUCCAUUAAAAAGAUAUUUUAUGUGUCCUUCAAAAUUAAUGUAUUUAAAACACGGUAGGAUGCGCAUUUCAUUAGUGAUUGAUUUUAUAUAAAACUUUUUUAGCAGGAAAACAUGCAAAAUUAAACACAAUUAGGUGUUGCGGCAAAUUAUUUUCGUGCGUUUUAUGUGUCAUUUUAUUAAUCCAAUUUUCUGUUUUUGUUGUUCAGCUGCGAGCGAAACAGUAGGACGCCUUGUACAAUAUUCCAAUAUUACUGUAUCUUCGUGCUGUUAAAGCUCAUUAACCUUUACCCAUGUUCCUGCUAUACAUAAGUGCAUUUUAUAGUUAUUGUCAUUCAAUAGUAAUCUUUUUAUUUAAUACUAUCACAAUGCUGCAUAUUGUAAGGGUCGGGUUUAAAAAAGAUGGCUUCGUUGCUUUUUUUAACCUUUCUUAGGCAUUCUAUGAAUUAAAUCACAAAAUGAAAAGGUUUUCCUCUAAAUGCCUCCAAAUACAACGGAAUAUAAUAAAACUAACCAGUCUCCAUGUAUUUUAUAACAGUGGUCAGUCAUGCAUACAUAUACUCACUUGGUAUAUUACCUUUAAGAAUAGAAACUGGGUGGUAUCCAGGUGAACCUGCGGAUGCAAGACUUUGUAGGCUAUGCGAUGCCCAAGGGGUUUAAAAUUAGCAUUUUGUAUUAAAGUGCUCAUUGUACACUUAUACAAGAAUUUCAUGCUUUGGUUCUGUGCUUUCUGUAGAUCGUUUCACUAAUCUUACUGACGUUGAAAAAUAAGCGUUUUUAAUGAAUAACAAAAUAAGACAGUUAGCGAAGUACACCGUGAAAGCUAAUGCUCUAAGGAGAAGUACACUAUAUGCAUAGCAUUAAUACGUGUCUUUAAACUUUGUAUUAAACAUUUAUAUGUUUCAACAUUGCAUAAACGACCAAGUAUCCUCAUUUAACUGUAGGAAGUUAGAUAAACACAUUAACUGUUCGGUAUUCUGGAAAUUAUUAUGAUUAAUUUAAUUUUUAAUAGUACACACUAUUUGCUAAAGAGAAACAGCACCUCGACUAACAUAACUAUAUAUGUUAAUAUAUGUACCAAUGCUUGAGAAAUGUUAACAUUAAGGUGACUUAUAGUCCCGAUGA